AUGUCAGCAUCGGGUGCCCCUCCGACGAUAGCCCCUCCCCCAGAGGAAAACCACAGCGACAGCUCCAAGCUACGCAUCUUCAUCGGUAUCCUCAAGAAGUUCAUUGGUGUUGCCGACCUCGCCUCUGUCCGCUUCUCUCUGCCCUCCCAACUCCUGGAGCCCACGCCUAACCUUGAGUACUGGAACUAUCUCGAUGCGCCCAAUGCGUUCAUAGCCAUCGGGACCUCCGACGACCCUGUCGACCGCAUGCUGGAGGCUCUGCGCUUCUGGUUCACAAAGGAUCUGAAAUAUGCAAAGGGAAAGCCAUGCAAGCCAUACAAUUCUUGCCUAGGCGAGUUUUUCAGGUGCAAUUGGGAGGCCGAGGAUAAUGCCCCGAGGAUCAAGACCAAGGACGUCACCGCCGGCGGCAGUGUCCCUGGCAGUGGUGCAUCCAGCCUCAAGUCUGGCAAGCUAGCUGGACUGGGCUCCGGUGGCUCGCGAGCAGCCUCUACCGUAUCAGUCCCGCAGACGGCCAAGGACCCGACAGCCCCAGUCGUGCGCAUCUCAUACCUGACUGAGCAGACCUCCCACCAUCCUCCGGUUAGUGCCUUUUAUGUCGACUGCCCUGACAAGGGCCUUCAUGCCUGCGGGUUCGAUCAGAUCAGCGCCAAGUUCACCGGCACAUCCAUCAAGGUCAGCCCAGGAGAGCACAAUUUGGGCAUUUUCAUCACGUUGGAAAGGAGGAACAAUGAGACCUACCAGUUGAAGCACCCGGCAGCUCAUCUGGGCGGUCUCCUCCGUGGGGCCCUCAGCGUGAGCGUGGGGGACAUGGCCUAUAUCACUUGUCCGCAGACGAAGCUGAAGGCAAUCCUCAACUACUACGACGAGGGAUGGCUGCGGGGUUCGACCAACAAAAUGGACGGAGUUGUCUUCAAGUACGACCCCGACAACGACGACAAGACGAAGAUCAAGGACGUUCCUGAGGAGGACAUUGUGAUAAGAUUGCACGGCGCAUGGAAGGAAAAGAUCCAAUUUACCACAGGACCCAAGCCAUUUGAUUCCCACCCUCCAGAGGCGAGAACAACUAUUAUAGAUAUCGAACCCCUCAGUGUGGCCCCCAAGUCUCUCCCGCCCAUGGAUCAGCAGCUUCCUCACGAGUCGUUGAAACUCUGGAGCGGGGUGACAGAUGCCAUUGUGAGCAAACAGUUCUCCAAGGCCACAACAAUCAAGCAGGACCUGGAGGAAGCGCAACGCGAGAAGGCCAGGGAAAGGGAGAAGUCGGGCGAGGAGUUCAAGCCGGUCUUCUUCAAACAGGUCACAGGCAACGGCGGACAACCCGAGUUGACUGAGAAGGGCCGGGAGGUACUGAGGCGAGCGCAGAAGGCGGAAUGGGAUCUGGAUGGCGUUGUGCCGUGA